AAUUACGCGGUCCGAAACUCCCCCAAUAAAAUCCCACUCUCCACUUAUUAGGGUUCCUCAAUUCUCACUCUCCCCUAAUUUUCUCACAAUUCCACCAUUUUCCCACUUCAAUUCUCCAUCUCCGCACCUCAAAUUUCCUUUCUUUCAUGUAAUCAUGCCCGCCACCGACUGCCAGGGCUCAUCGGCGGCGCCUUUCUCCAACCUCGGCCGUUCCAUUCUCAGUCUCCGCCGCGAUCAGGCCGUUCAUUCCAUGGACAGCGACACCGUCUCCGGUUCCUCUCCCGAGGUCGACCUGGAGUCCUUCCAGCGGAAGAUUUCGGACCGGUUCAUGGACUUGUCGUCCGGUUCGGACGAGUUGCUCUCGCUUGCGUGGGUUCAGAAGCUUCUCGACUUGUUCCUCGUUUCGCAGGAUGAGUUUCGUGUUGUUUUGUUUAAUAAUAGGUCGCAGCUUCAUAAGGCACCGAUGGAUCGGCUUAUUGCUGAGUAUUCUGAACGGAGCGUGAAGGCGCUUGACGUUUGCAAUGCGAUUCGUGAUGGGAUUGAGCAGAUCAGACAGUGGCAGAAGCUUAUUGAAAUCGUUCUUAUUGCUUUGGAUGAUCGGAGAAUGUUAUGUGAAGGACAGGUUCGGCGAGCUAAGAAGGCUGUGAUUGAUUUGGCGAUUAGUAUGCUUGAUGAGAAAGAUUCCGGCACGGCUUUGGCUCAUCGGAACCGGUCUUUUGGGAGGAAUAACUUGAAGGAUCAUCACAAUCGAUCCUUGGGGCAUUUUCGAUCAUUGUCAUGGAGUGUUUCGAGGUCUUGGUCGGCUGCUCGGCAGUUGCAGGCGAUUGGGAAUAAUUUGUAUGCUCCAAAGGGUAAUGAAAUUAUGGCUACAAAUGGGCUUGCCGCGUUGGUGUUCACCAUGAGUUCGUUAUUGUUGUUUGUAAUGUGGGCGCUUGUGGCGGCUAUUCCGUGUCAGGAUCGUGGUUUGCAAGUGCAUUUUCCGGUGUCUAGGCAAUUUAUUUGGGCGGGGCCGAUGAUGGUAUUGCACGAGAAGAUUUUGGAGGAGUCGAAGAAACGAGAGAGGAGAAAUGCUUGCGGGUUGAUGAGGGAGAUUCAUCAGAUUGAGAAAAGCACGAGGUUGAUGAACGAGUUGUUGGAUUCGAUUCAGUAUCCAGUGGCCGAGGAGAAGGAGGGCGAGGUGAGACAAAAAGUGAAGGAAUUAUCAAUUGUUUGCGAAACAAUAAAAGAGGGAUUGGACCCGUUGGAGAGACAUGUGAGAGAGGUGUUUCAUAAGAUCGUGCGCAGCCGAACCGAAGGACUUGAUUGCUUUGGAAGGAUGCAUGGUCCUGAUUAGUUUGUAUUUGAAAAUUUGAUUAUAGGUGUCAGGUGUGAAAAGUGCAAAUGGGUUUCGUUGUAUUUUUGCUUUUUGGGAAUGCCUGGAAGAUAAAGGUAAGAGUGUUGGAGGAUGGCACUGGAAAUAAACGGGGUAAAUUUCUAAAUUCUGCUUAUGAAGACUCCUUUGUCGCUGUUUCUAAGCUCUUCUUGAAACAGCAAGGCAUCUCAGCUGUACCCAACAGCAUCCCUGACAUCGAGCAGUGGCACGGUUGGUGGCACAUAACAUCCCCACCUGAUCGAUGCAAAUUCUGGCCAUAUAUAAUCUACCCAAGGAGCUGGAGAUGCUAGCCAGAGCAGUGGCCCUCACCACAACACCUUGUUAGCUGUCAUAACUCGAAAGCUUUUAGUAAUCAAAAGGGUCUUGUUUUCUUUUCUUGGCUGGAAUUGAACAUCUCAAAUAGAGUCUCAAGAUUGAAUAUCUAUAUUUUUGCAAGUUCAGCGACUGUUGUCAUUGAGAUU